AUGACCCUCCUGGAUAUGGAAAACAAAGAGGGCAUACUUUUGGCGCUUAAAAGUAGACGGAAACUAUUUUUUGUUCUUGACUUUUGUUAGGCCUUGAGAAAGACGGCUCAUCAGUUCCCGCCAUCCUUGAAGAAUAUCUACGGGAAGUUGCAAGACACGGACAGACCCUGUACGUCAUUUAAAUAUGCUUAUGUUAAUCAGCAUUCCAUGGGUGCACGUCAAACCACUUAUUCUUCACAAGUUCAAUCAAAUCGUCAGUGAAUUUGUCGAGGAGUUUUCUCAAGAAGAUUAUUUUCGUGGACGAGUGUUGAGCCAGACUAGCCUUUGUGAAUUAAGGCAACGGGUUUUCGACACCCUGAAAUCAUUUCAAGGGUUAGCAUAUUCCAACUUAUUGUACCUUCCUUCCAGCACGCCUUUUACAAUUCAGAGGAUUUGCGAACUACUUAUUCAACCCAGGAAGCACUACACAAGACCUGACAAAUUUUUGAGAGGCUUCGAACGAACGUGUUCCGUAGUUUCCACCGUCGACUGCUACGGGAAGUAAGUGUUGUUUUCUUAUGUUAUAGGUCAUUUCGUUUUGUUCAUUUAUGGCCCUUUCAGAACUUGGCCGUCGACAAGUACUCAUUCGAACUACCUUAUGCGUUCCAGCUCAAAUUGUCCCCCUGUGUUGGCAUCAUUAACGAAAGGAAGGAUUCGAGUCCCCGAGGUGUAGCUAACUCAGCAUAAUGUAAUACGGUCAACAGUGGCUGACCGGUAUACGGUACUAUCCCGUGAAUAUUAGUUGGGGAAGUCUAACCCCCCCCUCCCCCCCUAAAACAGCGCGGGGUAAAAUUCUUUCACUUUAGAAGAGCAACGGCGGAAUCAGGCUAGACAGUAGCCUAAAGCGUGAAUUCUGUAGUAGUUCGAUACCGUGCAGCGCGUCACCCAUACUGCACGAUAAUUGAUAGCCUGGGGAUUAACUGGGAUCCCAUGGAGAUCCAACCAGCACAAAUCCGCAGGUGCAGCUCUGUAUUCGCGACUGGGCCCAAAGAUACGGCUGACGGGACGGACACACAUUGUCUAAUUCAAGAAUUCGGAAUUGUUCAAACUUUGCAAACCAGCUUACGGCAUUUUAGUUCUGGAAGUACACAACAUGGAUUCCAAAGCUUGUCCUUUAUUUCCAGUAAAAUACACAACUUGGAUCCGCGCUUCUCGGGCGACUCAGACCCUGACGAUUCCUCAAUCCUUAAUGGAUCAUUCACGGACGUUGGCUCUACUGGGUCUGCAGAAGACACGAGUUUGACCAAGCGUUCGGACGAAGAUGAAGAAGACGAUGAUGGUUUUCCAAAACCUCCCAAAAGCCGUCGUCUGGAGUCAUCGUCCACUACAAUUUCUGAAUCCACGUCCGCGUGGUCUACUACAGUUACUCCGCCACGUCCUCGUAUUAGCUUCCACCGGCCUUUUUCUUCUUCGGCGCAGGGCAACAAUUUCGAAAGGGUAUGCUUUUUAGAAUUUUCUACAUUUGCAAGGGACGUUUUUUCCCUCACAGUAAGCGCCUGCUUUCUAAUUCCUCACCAGUUUAGUCAAUUUCUAGUCACGGGAAGACGGGAACUGCUUUUUAACGCAGCUAUAGACCACCAGUUCUGUCCUUCAAUAGCGGGCGGUUGAAUGACCUUCAGAAAAAGCGAUCUCUGAAAUAAGCGAGCUCUUUGGUCCGACAAAUAUGCAGGCGUUGAUCGUUUUGUGGUAACACUUCCAGGUCUGAAUGGAUACUGACCUGGCAAAUCACUUACGUAUAAAGUGGGCACGAGCUGUAACGGUGUUACGACAAGACGAGUGUUGCCACUGCCAUUAAGGUCUCAUCCACUGUCUCGCACAAUUGAGGAACCUUAAACUACUGUGCAAGAGGUGGGUGGAGACACGCGCCUUCGUAUUCCGAUUUGCACAAUACUACCCUUUCUAUGUCACUCUGAGCAGCCCCUCUCCCGUGGACCACGUUUCACCGGGUUUUGAAUGACCGGGGAUUAGGGAAGGUAGGUGAAAUGCGCUCAUAAGCCUCUGUAGCCAAUUCCUUUCAGCCUCGAUGUUUAUAGUCUCUCCGCCGGCGUUAACUAUCUGCAUUGACUAUCCUGGGGCCGUAUGCUUUCCGUAACAGUAUGGGGCUUAUUCUGCACGGCCUCGUAGGACUUAUUCUGCUCUUUAGUCAGGCCCGUAUUCCCUUCCUGCCAACGCAUAAUAAAGUCAUUAUACUGGUCACACCAAUAAUGUUUCUGAAAAUUUGUCAGUUAAAUUUCUAUGACAUGCUAAGGCUUGACAAGCGGUGCGAUGGAAUUCGGCAAUUCAGAGGUCAGCCGCUUAGACAAUCCACCAAAUACAACAGCAGGCGGAAAACAGCUGUUUUGAGUGUUUUGCAUUAUCUUUGCGUUUAAGUAGUCAGCCUUGAUUAGUGGAUUCAGUUUAUUUGCCAUCUUUUUUCUCCCGACCGUACUAACUCAACGAAAGGGUGCUCCUGGUAUAGGACGAAAAUCGCGUUACCGACACCAUUCCGCUUAUUAGAAUGCCCUCCUUAAGCCGACGGCACCCAGUUUAUCUCCUUUGCAUUUAUACAGUAGCACCGUAAUUACGCCACGUAAUCCUACGGGUGCUGUCGUUGGUUUCAAUUGGGGUGGCCUUCCGUCUUGCCAAGGCCAUUUCUUCAACCUCUUCUGGUUUUGGGUGGUUUGUUUCUUUAACCUCCAUCUUUUUCAUAUUUUUAGUCCUCGCCUUCAAAAUCCCCCACGGAGGAUGAAAAGACGACCAAGAUUUCACCAGACCUCUCCACGACUGUUGACUCACCCCCCUCGUACGUCCAAGUGCCAGGGAAGCAGAGUCUACAGAGACCGUUUCUUAGUGCGCUCAACUCAGCGACCGCUUCAGAUGUCUUCAGGUCUCUCGAGUCCACAACCACUGGCGGGAUUGGUGAGCAUCGUGCCUUUGAUGCAAGUCCCGAGAAGGCGGAAGUCAUGUCCAUUCGACGGCUUUUCUCAGGGACUGAGUCUGAGGGUGCAGAACUUUCUAAAGUAAGUGGGGUCUCCAUCCUCCCAUUUUGUCCUUUUCGCUUUUUUCCUGUCGUCUGGCAUGUCCGAGGGUGGAUUUUUAAACUAUUGAACACGUUGCACACUACUGGGGUCGAAAAAGAUUAGUUGUGGUGGAGUGCUGGAGUUGAAAGAGACUUCCUGUCGUGUCAUAAUUGUAACCUGUACAAACGUCAGGCCGAAGUACAUGCUUUAUCGUUUUCUCUGGACACCUGGUAAACUGGAAGUUAAGACUCGCGAAAUACAUCUCCUAGGGCGAUCGCCUUGGUCCCUUGCAUCAAACUGAGUGGUGUAUUUUGCAUUAGUGCGUUUUAAACUGGCACCAUGAUAAUAUUUUGUCAUGCACGUUUCUCCAGCAGCGGCGUGCGGGCUUUGCCUGCCUUCCAGAUAUGGACCACACAAAGGCCUAUUUACGCAGCACAAUCUCUAAGCACGUUAGUACCGGCUAAGGGCGCCAAGGCCCAGGAUAUAGUGGUUAUUUGCUUGUGUCAGGUCUUUCGCGCUUCGACAGUUAAAAAUUAGUUUGUCACAGCGAGGACUCCUGAUGUCUUCGAUCACGGUGCUGUUGGACAGAGUUCUGACAGCUGUAUUUCAAUGCUGUCUGCCGAUUCAGUUCGUGAAUCCACUUCCCCAUUAUUCAGAUGAGGUUUCCUUCCAGCCAAACAACCUGGAGACAUGGUGAGACGCAUUGAACGGUGUCGCCUAAAACUGCCGCCUUUCGGGCGUCACGCGUGUUGACCCCGUUUACGUCUUACAAAACAGCUUCGCUCUUUUUUAAACUUCCUACUCCACAACCGUCACGCCGUCAGGCAGGGUGCGGUCGCUGUGCGUAGUACAGUUUCAUGGGACUAGAUGUGUUCAGAGUAGUUAAGCCUUUGGUGUGGUCAUAAGUCCAUCGAAGUAACCACCUUCGUUGGGCAUUGGGCAAAGAUAAAGAAACGGACAGCUCACAUGUCGUAAUCAACGAUGAACACCUUCACUUUAUUACAAUUAUGGUUCGGCUGAUGGGUGGAUUAACUUGGUGGUUGGUGUUAAGGUGUGUGCUGUGUUCGAUGGAACUUUCUCCACUACUAAGUGCAUGUUGACUGUGGAACAGGUUGCAGGGUCGUUAUUGACAAUUAGGCGAUCACUGUUGGAGACUGAAAUCCAGGUAGAUGUUGAUCGUACUUUGUGCCACUUAUGACGGAUGUCUCUGCCGUCGCAAAUAUUCGUUAUUGCAGGAACCUGGAGUGCCUCCCUGGCCCUUCCUAGAUAACUCGAAGUGCUUGAUUGACAUCUACCGAUAACGUCUGUUAACAAAACUGGCCACGAUUGCGCUAGAGAUUGACUUCCCAUGCCUUGAUCUAGCCAGCCAGGAUGGCGCUCUCAAAUUCGUUUGGAUAGGCGCCCUGUCUUUCGGCCAAUAUAACUUGACCCACAGGAGUAAAUGAAGGCGUAGAUGCACAUUGAAUGAGUCUGAAAAGACAGCUUAUCCUUACCUUCGAGGCGAAGAAGUUGUGCGCUUGAGAAAAGUAUUCAUACCUUAGCCGCUGGGUACGUGCGCGCAAUAACGACAUUUAGGCGACGUUUUAAAAGUUUGCCGGCCAGUCCCCUCGAAAUCGCAAAGGUGAAAAUAGGCCCAUAUUUUUGGCCGUUGGCACGUCCAGUUUUGACGGACGUUCUUCAAUAUAUCUAUCGGGAAACCAUUUUCUCGCAGUGUUUCGUAUAAAGACGAGUUCGUUCUCCAGCAUAUCUGGAGUGCAUCUUCUCCGAGUUGGGUUAGUUAGACAGUGGACUGAGCUUCUGACAAAACCGUACAAGUUUGUGUAUUGCCCUCUCCAUGUUUUCUUGCGAAAUACACUUAUACGAAAUUUUUCAUCAAACGUCCUACUAAGUAGGAUGUCUAGAAAGGCGAAACUGGAUGAGUUGGAUGAGCCUGGCUCACUUUAUUCAGGCGGCUGUCCAAAUCAAUCUUCUCAUCCACUAUUUAAAAGAUGGUAUGUUAAUGCCAACUGUGUUAGGAGUGUUUUACUGAAAAUCAUUAAUGCAUACACUUUUCUGUCCAACAUAUUAGAGCGCAAGCUCAAAAAUUUACAAGUUUAUAUGGCACUGGGUGAUGUACUGGCAUUGUCUCCGCGGCAUACUUAUUUUCUUUGCGUUCAUAUAAGGUCUCCUCAGUCAUUGUCAGAAGAGUUGAUUUUGCCUUGACAAAAUCGUGGAGCGUUGACUUGACAUUUUCCCCUUUUUAUAAGGCGAUUUGCUAAUUUUGCGCAUCGAUGACGUUUUCUUUCCACUGUUAGCUCUCUGACCCCGUACCAUCCACGACCGCCAAUGCCCCCGUGGGCGUCCCACACAUUGAUCAGAUGCUGCGACCCAUGGGUCAAUUGGAGGCUUUUGUCAACACCAUCUCCAUGAACGCCAGCAUGGAAAGCUCUAGCACUGAGAAUCUGGCAGUCCCAAUCGAAGGUUCUGCCUUCUGCCAGUCAGAAUUUUCCUCCACUUCCACUACCGGAUCUGACCUACCUAGUGAGCCCUUAGCCACAGUUCCGACAACUUCCGCUGAGGAAGCUCGCCGCGUACAGCCCUCUUCAGAAGAAAUCGUGGAAAGCAAAGAAAACGAACUCGUAAGCACCUUCUUUCUUGAUUUGUGCAAGUGGAGUAUGUAGGAAGACGUGUGAUCGUUUUUUAAUAGCGUGGGUUGUCUGGCUCUCGAUGGGUUUCUACCUUCCUAAGUAGACAUGUCUUAUUGAAUGUGCCCAUCUGACAGCAGUGUUCAUUGUCUGUGUCAACAUCAUACAGCUUUUGCGCCUCGUAUGCACAGAAACACACCCACAAUCGAUAGUGUGUCGUCUCAGCUGUAUAAAUAAUGCACGGCCCUCUGUGCUGAAAAUCCAGCUGUCUGGCCCACCUGCUAGCUUGCUCCACUAUCCUUAUAGCAUCUGUAGUAUCGAGUCCUGAUUGGCCACGUUGACCCGAGGGUAGAGGCACAAGCUAACCAAUGGGGUAUAAGCCACGGUGAGUUACAUAUCCGUCGCAACUUUGCUCCCACCUCUUGGACAGAUUACCGACAGCCCUUAGCUCGAAGGUCUUCUUAACUAUCUACAAAAAUUGACAACUGACAGGAUUUAUAUGCUUGUCCUGAUAGCACGCAGAAGAUUUUGCUCUACCAAAGGUUUAGUGCAGAAGCAAUCUGGUAACGAUCUUAACUUCCGUGAUCCUGUUCUACAUGAACCACACAAUAUUUGCAAUUUGUUUACAUACUCUCAUUCCACUGGCAAUAAUAGGCUGAUUGGUUCUGGCAAUAAUAGGCUGAUUGCAGAUUUUCUCUGACGAGUAACAUUUUGCAGAACAAGGAGAAACACUUACUGGUGGAUCCCACGUCGUCUCUCCCUGCACCCAACAUCAACCUGUGGGCACACUUGUGAUUGCCGACUUCCGGCAUCUCAUGGGUCUUUGUUACCGCGACAGGAAUCGGCAACAGUCCCAGCAUGCUUUACAUACUUUACAUUCUUGUUUUAGCACAUGAGGCCAACUUAGUAAUAAGCAUGUGAGUGAUUAGCGUCACCGACACUUGAGAAGAAUAGGUCGGACUACGCAUUUUCAAGAUAGUACGACCUAAAAACUGCCGUGUUGACCGUCUCACAGCCUGGGCCCCUACUACGGGCCCUUGUCGGGCGAACUCAAACUGCUUCAUCGCCCUGACAGCCGUCUGCGCAGUGGUAGACAAUUGACCCAAAGCAGAGUAUGCAUUUCACGAAGGGUGGUAGGUGACGGCGCACCUCACUGAAACUGCUAGUUCUAUGGCGUAAUGAUCUGACCGACUCAUGCUGCCCGUCCUUGGUGUGUUUUUGUCUUGACACUGCAUGCUCUGCAAGAAACUUAUACAUUGACUUCUCGAGUAUAACUCUUGGUACUUGGUACGGCCGUGAUCAUGCCCGAUCUAGCCAGCCUCGAUGAUGUAACUUACCUCUCCACGCGUGACUGUCCACGACGGCGGACCUGGGCAGCUCGACUCCUCCUCUUCUCCAACGACAGAAACGGAAUACCGAAGGUCUAAGAACAAUUUCCAUGUCUUGCUGAGCUGUGUUGAGUCAAGUCUGAAUUGCCCUCCUCUUAGACACCACCAGACGGGCAAAGGCACCGGAUUGAGGGCAGUAUAUUUGAACUCAUGAGAUGAUGGACGAAGAACCUGCCCAAACCACUUCAGUUGUCUCAGAUGGCCUGAGACAUUCUUGUGAUAUUGUUGCAGCGAAUGCGGACUCUCAUUUGAGACGAAGUCAGUGCACUUUACUUGCAGGAUAGUCUUCAGACAGCGGGGGUCAAAUACCUUCUUUUUCGCUCAUUUUUUACCCGAAACCUCGGGCGUAAUUCAGCCAACAAGGAUUUCUGUGGUUCAUGUCUGGUCUGAGCCAGUUUAAUAUUCCAAUUGGAAGCCAACCUCCCGUUUGCGGCCAAAAAACCCCACACCGGACUCGUUGACACCAUGAACUUGUGGCAAUGUGGUAUGCCUGAGGCUCUAAAUCUGGAAGUCGGUCCUGUUAUCCAGCAAUAAGAGGUCACCAGUGAAUUCCAUGGUUCGCCGGUCAGUAUAAAAUCCUGUAGAUUAAGAUUCCAAGGGCGCAGUAGCAUAAUAGGUUUAGGGAACCAAGGCAGUCUGAUGCCUGACGCCGAUCGGAGCCGCCCUCCGCGGUUAUGGAUGCCGUAUGUGCGUCUUGAAGUUGAACAGACACCAAGUGUUUCGAAUCACCAUUCCUCUGACACCAUGCCUUCUCUGAAGUAUACCAACUUUUUUUAAGUGAACCAUUCCCUAAUUGUUGCGCCUACGUCGCACUCGAGUGGUGUCCUUCGUGCCGAGAGUCUCGUGCUGUUUCCCUAAACUCGACAUUGUCCCACCAGCAACGCCACAGAAUCUGCGAGCUGAAAGCUCGGUCCUGGCGUAGGCCGCAUAACCAUUGCUGCCUCUGCAGUCGAUCCUCUCUUCGUCCUCACUAUCCCGGAAAUUUACUCUUUUCCCAUGUCAUCGUACUACUCCCAUCUCCGUGACAGCCAGAACUGCACAGCGUCUAAAACGUGCCUGCAGGUGUUGUUGACACUCCUCGGCGAUACUUAUUUCCACCGUUGCCUCCUGUAGGUUGCGCCUGGUGAUCCUGUUGAUGAGAGCUAUACUCAAGCAGAAGAAAGCAAAGCGACGGAGGUCGACAAGGAUCCUUCGCAGGUGCCUGCAGCAGCUGUCAGCGAGCCAGUAGAGCUCGAUUCCCCCGUCAUUGACACUGAUGGUUCCUGUCGAGGGAUCCUUCCGCCAGAUCUUGAAGCUUGCGCAAGUUCUGCCAAAAGGCCGCGCCUGAAGUCUCCGCCCUCCGACGACUUUGCAAUUCCAACAGCUGAACCCCAAGAGCCUGUGGUACGUUUUUGAUAUUCCAACGGUAUUAUGCCAGUGCCCUCUAUUUCUUUUGUAGUAGUAGCAGUAGUAGUAGUAGUAGUAAUAGUAGUAGUAGUAGUAGUAGUAGUAGUAGUAGCAGUAGUAGUAGUAGUAGUAGUAGUAGUAGUAAUAGUAGUAGUAGUAGUAGUAGUAGUAGUAGUAGUAGUAGUAGUAGUAGUAGCAGUAGUAGUAGUAGUAGUAGUAGCAGUAGUAGUAGUAGUAGUAGUAGACCAUGAAAUUGAUAAUUGUUGCUUUUAGACUUUCCAGUUUAGAUUCUGUGUUAAUAAUUAACCGAUUUCGCCUGACCGCCGUUUUUACCAAAGUUGUUGUGACCUUCGUCUAGUGAUGUGGGGUUUUAAGGACCUCCACCUGUCAUUCACACAACGGUUUUGUCGCUUUGGUGAGGCUUUGUUCUCUCCUAGGUUAAUUCAUCCCCACGCCCGACUGCGCUCUUAUGACUCCCCUUUAUCAUUUUUUCUUGUCUUUUCGCGGCCUGCAACUUUGAAACUAUAAUUGCGGGAUAUCUUGUUAGUAAUAUUGCCACUGUAAGCCCCUCCUCGUCGUAAAAGGGACGAUUUCCUAGAGUUCCUUUUACCGGACAAUCACCUUCGAGACCGAAUGCUUGUGUCUGGGUGGAUUCCUUGUACCUGUCGAGUAAAAUAACCCGUCUGUUGAAUUACAGCGGCCGCAGUUUAGAUUGUCUGAAGCCGUCGCAUACGAGGUUGUAUUGCGAAUCUCGCAACUUUAGACAUAUUUUUCACUCAAAUUCUUGGUUAACGGGAUGGGACGCUGUUUCCCGAUUUCGGCGUGCGUCUCCAAUCAAAAACGCUUAUCGAUUUGAUUUAAGUAGGCGGUUAUGUUUCAAUUGAAAACAGAUUGGAGUAUGGCUGUCGCAGCAACUGUGAUUGAGGCAACAAUGGGAUUAAAGAAUGAAAAUGUGUACAUCGACCAUCCAUAAUUCGGAACUCCUAUGACCCUGCUAUAGUGCCAACAAAUUCGGAGUACUUAUGUGGACUGUCGUUGGUCUUCGGUACUUAUAGAACCACCAAUUUUGGACAUUUUGCUCCUGAAGUCAGAAAAACCGAAUCACUAGUACUCGUCUGUGCCAGUGUUGACCAGCUAUGUCUGAUCAACUGUCCCUGUGUUUAGUAGCGAUUGUAUCACGUCCCUUUGUGUUUGCAACCCAGAUUCUCAACUCAGGACAAGGCUUUUGUUACCAUACGCAAUAUCUAAAAUCCACUAUUCGUGGUGCUUAUAAACUUUAUGCUAGCAGUGGCAUACUUCCAACCCUAAAAUAAAGACACCUACACCAUGUGACCUAACUCAUAAAACGUCAUGACGGAAAUUGGGAAGAUCAGUUGUGGGCAACUAAAAUGUUGUGCAUUCUGCUUAUUCGUCCAGCUUAUUCCGGUAAAUGUCCUUUUUGCAUGCACAAUAUAUUUAUACAUAAUUUUAUCAUAACAGUAAUCAGAAGCGAAGUGGCGAGCAUACGUAGCUUUCGAUUAAUUCUCAUCUGGCCAGUACAGUUAUAUGGGAACGGGGUAGAAAUAAAAACAUGUCAGUGAUAAGAGAAAUGGAUUAAAGUUCUCAUUAAAACACAGGCGGGGUGUAGGGAAUGUGGGGGGAGGGGCAAUAGCAGCCAGUGUCGGGCGGGGUAAGAGCGGAAAGGUGUUGUCGAUUCCGGACAUUGUGUGGACCCCAACGAAGCUUUUCGUGUGAUCUGUAAGGUCCCAUCGAGCUGUCCGAAGCUACUGGGCCAGUGCCUGUUAGCAAAAGUAGAAGCGGCCGCCAUCAGAUUACGAAAGCCAAUCUUGUGUCAACAACUAGUGUUUAAACAACUAGAUAGCAAAAAAGGCAUUUAAAAUAUUGAACACGUAUUCGUAGCUCAGGUCGUACGUUUGGCCUAUAAUUUCUUACCACCAGCCUACCCACGCGACAUCAUCCUCAAAAGCUGGUUUACAACGCCUCACUACCCCAGUCUGUCUCAUCUGUGUCGGUGACACCACAAGAACCAGCCAACCUGUUCGAAAUUCUAACAAAAUAAAGCAUUUGUUUGGGCUAUCUUUCCUCUAAUCUUAAAUCCCAACCAGGGUUUUCUACUUUCCAUGGCAGAAACCAGCUAAGUUUUAGUAAAAAAAUAAGGCGGCUGUAUUCGACAAAACACAAACUAGGUGGCGAAAGUCACUUAAUGUACAGCAAUUAUUAAACAGUCAUGCUUUUCUGGGCAACCUCCCCCCUCCCAGGCAGUUUGCAAAACACAAAAAAUAACCGACCUCAAGUAGAAGUAACACCCUAGAAUGAAUUAGAAGCAUCUUUAAUUUUUCUAUAAAAUCGUAUAUUCUGUGUGAUAGGGUGAAUGCCCGAAAUAUCUACGAAGAUUUCUACUCUUAAAAAUUAACUUGUGACAUGGGGCUAGCAAACGCUGAUGCAAAGGUUAGGUAAUACGGGUAAGCCACGAACGUAUGUACGUCCCCUUCCCCCCCCCCCCUCUGGAUGUAUCUUCUUGUAAGGGGCUUUUAGGCUUUAAAAUAGUCACGCAGCGCAGUACGCAUUUUUCCCCGUUAUAUGUUUAAGGGCGCUACGUUUCCUCUUUCAAAAAAGCCGUAUCACCACCAUUUCUUUAUUACAGGGGGCCUUACGCAAUAUUUCGGGAGAGGCGUUGUGCAUAUCUGACAACCAUUGCGUUUUUGUCGAGAAAUAGGAAGGCUGGCAUGAUUCUGUCCGACUGCCAUCGGUCGGUGAUACCCCAGUCCAAUGUGACUGAUUACUUCUGAGCUCAAGUGAUAUGACGUGGCCCCGUUAGUACAGUGGCAAACACGCCGCUUGAUCAUCAGCAGACCGAGCGUUCAGCCCUCCGGCGGGCAGCCUGAGAUCGACGUAUCAUUAACUUAUGAUGGCAAAUGGGCCAUAAAUGAUCAUCCUGCUGUCCACCUAUAUAAACGGUCAACAUCGGAAUCAGAUGAAAAUAUGCACCCUUCUACAGUCAGGAUAGUGCGGUGCCGUCACCUCUGUGUGACGAAAUCAUGUACCAACAUUAAGGCAAAGAAAACCUUUUUUUCUUAAUUCAUGGAUUAAAUUUUCUCCAUCGAGGUCUAAGAUAUGCAGUAUCGCCAGCAAUCGACAGUUAAGUGUUAUAACCAAUGUCUCAAAAUGUAAUGGAUGUUUCUACCUUGAAACCACACUUGUGUUGUGAUUCAUUCAGUAUUCGUAUACUACCGAUUGCCUAUAGGUAGCAUGUAAAUAUUACGCGAUUAUUUCGAAGUGGAUGGGUUUCAGCUCAAAUAUUCAUAUCAACUUUUUGACCGAGUUGCUACGAGUUCGUGCAUUAAUUUCCUAGGAAAUUAAAAGGACAAACUGCGUGUUUUACUGCCUUGUUUAAUUUCCACCGAACCCCUCGCAGUUUCGUCAGUCAGCGGCACAUGAUCGACGAAGCACGCCUGUCUGGGCCUUUAGUUGAUAUCUGUACCGUCAGUAUGGUAAAUAAUCACAUAGUGUACUUUACGUCUAACUAGGGCGAAAAUGAUUUGGUUUAAUUCCCUGUAUUGUGAGGUCGCUUGAAUAACAUUUAUUGUAAGGUCUCCCGUCAGAUGGCUACCUACCGGCUGCAAAGUUGGGUUCUAGAUAAAAAAAAACGUAACCCUAAGCAGGAGUUUUUGCCUCGUAGACUCGCUAUUUUUUGCCGGCAACGGCAGACAUCUUCCAUCCUCGAGGUAAUUUCCUGAAACUACGGCGAACCCUGCUGUUUUUGGUGCCCCCAGUUGGUAAUCAGAAGAGAUACUAUGCGUCUUGUUAGUAGUGAAAACCUUUGCCGAAGUACUGUACUUGGAAGAUGGUUUCUGCACUUCACUGUUUGGGCCGAAGCAAAUGAAUCUCCGCGAUGACGGCCUGGGCCUUUGUGAAAUGAGACCGGUCCUCCAUCUGCUUGUGAAGGUUAGACAAAAUCGAAGAAUUUUUUCCAUGUAUGCACUAACCUGACCCGUACGACAACUUUUUCUGCAGCAGGCGGCAUAGCUCGCAGUCUUCAUCACCUUUUGACAGCCUUCAUUCUCAAUGAUGAUGACUGUCUUAGAUACCCGUAUUCGAGGGGACCGGAUUUCAUUUAAUGGACAGACGCGGGGCACGUUUUUGUAAGUUUACUUUUUGCCCGCAAUAAAUUGGUCAAACGGAGACAGUCUUUAGGGUUUACCUACCCCUACUCCUCCGCCGAGAAAUCGACGACUGUGCAUGCAGGAAAGUCACGCUUGUUCUUGAAGGUUUGUGCUAGCCUCCUGUCUCACCCUCUUAUCCCACUGUUACGUUUCCGCGCUGUCGUAUUGGUCUUUUCGAAGUCAGAGGUAUGCCGACUUCAGUAACAUUAUCCCUAGGUCGAUCGCAGAUAAUGAUAACAUCUUUCGAGUUUCGAUCUCUUCGUUUGACAAGUUUUUCCUCUGCACCUUCUAGAACGUUGACUUGAACCGCGUUUCUCUGAACAGAAUGGAUCAAGAGUCUGGUGAGUGGGUCCCCGCCGUAGACCAUGCUAUAACAGAAACCGCAUCCCCAGGGGAAGCGAAGCUGCCAGCCCUGGAGAAUAUAACUGCUUCUGAGCAGCAGCUAGAAGACGAGGGUUCUAGUGCCCAGACUGUAGAAGAGCAUCAGACGCAGCGUGAUGUUGAGGUCCCAGCAGCGACGGCGGCGGCGGUGGCAGCAGCAGAAGACGUACCAAACGCGCACAUCGACUCUGAGACGGGAGAGCAGGAGUCAUCCUAA